GGCCUUGGCCCGGAUGGUGCGUGCCGAGUGCCGGCGGGAAAACACUGCGGCCGCGGCACUGCCUUAGUGCAGCGCACCAACCACUGCCGUACGCGCUCACGCUCAUAUACCCACAUAGUGCUACUGAUACCACGGAGUUUCAUUGUUUUGUGCUUAUCAAAAGUUUUGUUGAUAAUAGUGACAGAUGUUUUCGUAAAAAGUUAAAAAAAAUCUGGAGUAUGGAAAUACGCGUUUCCUAAGUUGCGGAUGAAAAUGAAUUAUUAAUUCAAGAAAACAGUUACUUGAAAUUAUUAAAAUUUCACAAAAGGAAAGAACAGGGUAUAGCAAGAAGAUAACGUGACUAUACGCAAAUUAAAUAUAGGAGAUUUAAGGAGAAUUCUUGCCGAUCGACACUCUCAUCUCAGUAUUCUCAAAAUGGCGUUUCGAAAUGGUGAUUACAUCUUAGCAAGUAUCUUGAUCGUUGGUGUUAUCGCAACUGUAGUCACUGCACAGCCGCCAUUGGCCGAUGAAUCCAUAGGAAAGGAUCGAGCUUUAAGGCAAUCCUCAAUAAGAGCUGGAAAAAGCGUUGCAGUGAAACCAAAAUGGGGAUUCUUCGGUACUAUAUUUAAUGUUAUAUUGGAGCAAAUUAACGAUACGAAAAGUGCCUACACUCAAAUAUCAGACUUAGUCAACAAUCAGUUUGUAGACGAUAAGGCUGUUACCAUGCCGCCAGAUCCUUCGAAUAACGGUACAACUAAGCCACCACAAAUAACAAGACAAGAAUUUUUGAAAAUCUUAGACCGAAACUUGAAGGGCUUAGCGCGCCUUCGUAAUCUGGAGUGGCGAGAAGCAAAGAAGGUGACUAAUAAUAUAAUAACAACAUGUCCCGAUAGUACCUACUACUAUAACCUUUUAUUUUCGAAUAACGUUCAGUUCAUAACGUAGGUACCUACCUACUGAAUUACUGACUUCUCUUAACCAAUGAUUGAUUCUUGUCUGAGACAUAGUGUUAUGUUAGUAUUUCUUGCACUUAUAAAUCGAUUUCGCUUUUCAGGAUUCAUGGAGCAAUUUACAAGGAUAUUGGGGCGAGUUGUUUGGAAGCAAGAAAACACGAAAUUCAA